CCCGCGCCGGGAGCCCUGACUCUAUGGCCCCCGGGGAGCGCCCCGGAGCCGCCGUGCCGCCCACCACCAGCCGGAACCCGAGCGCCAGCCGGAGGAAGAGGGGAUCCCCGGGCGCCGCCAGCCCCUGCCCAAGGGCCCGCCCGCGGCCCCCGCCCCCGCCUCGGGGAAUGGCAGGCAGGUAGCCGGCUCGCGCGAGGACCUCCCCCGGCGGGCAGGACCCGCCGAGGACCGCGGAGCCCAGAGAGAGGGAGAGGAGGCGCGGCCCACCCGCCCCCGGCCGCAGCCCCGCCAGGGCCCUCCCCCGGCGGCGCGCCACCGCGCGCGCACACACUUGCACACAGUACCUCGGCUCCUGCCCGGGCUCGCCUGCCCCCCGCCAGUGCUGAAGCCCCUGGGGCCGGAUGCCAUGGGUAACAACUUCUCCAGUAUCCCCUCUCUGCCCCGAGGAAACCCGAGCCGGGCGCCGCGGGCCCACCCCCAAAACCUCAAAGACUCCAUUGGGGGCCCCUUCCCUGUCACCUCUCACCGAUGCCAUCACAAGCAGAAGCACUGCCCGCCGGUGCUGCCGGGCGGGGGGCUCCCGGCCACGCCGCUGCUCUUCCACCCCCACACCAAGGGCUCCCAGAUCCUCAUGGACCUCAGCCACAAGGCCGUUAAGAGGCAGGCCAGCUUCUGCAACGCCAUCACCUUCAGUAACCGCCCAGUCCUCAUCUAUGAGCAAGUCAGGCUGAAGAUCACCAAGAAGCAGUGCUGCUGGAGCGGGGCGCUGCGGCUGGGCUUCACAAGCAAGGACCCGUCCCGCAUCCACCCGGACUCGCUGCCCAAGUACGCCUGCCCCGACCUGGUGUCCCAGAGCGGCUUCUGGGCCAAGGCGCUGCCCGAGGAGUUUGCCAACGAGGGCAACAUCAUCGCCUUCUGGGUGGACAAGAAGGGCCGUGUGUUCUACCGCAUCAACGACUCGGCCGCCAUGCUCUUCUUCAACGGGGUCCGCACGGCCGACCCGCUCUGGGCCCUGGUGGACGUCUACGGCCUCACGCGGGGCGUCCAGCUGCUUGACAGCGAGCUGGUGCUCCCGGACUGCCUGCGGCCGCGCUCCUUCACCGCCCUGCGGCGGCCGUCGCUGCGGCGCGAGGCCGACGACGCGCGCCUCUCCGUGAGCCUGUGCGACCUCAACGUGCCGGGCGCCGACGGCGACGAGGCCGCGCCGGCCGCCGGCUGCCCCAUCCCGCAGAACUCGCUCAACUCGCAGCACAGCCGCGCGCUGCCCGCCCAGCUCGACGGCGACCUGCGCUUCCACGCGCUGCGCGCGGGCGCGCACGUCCGCAUCCUGGAUGAGCAGACGGUGGCGCGCCUGGAGCACGGGCGCGACGAGCGCGCGCUCGUCUUCACCAGCAGGCCCGUGCGCGUGGCCGAGACCAUCUUCGUCAAGGUCACGCGCUCGGGCGGCGCGCGGCCUGGCGCGCUCUCCUUCGGGGUCACCACGUGUGACCCCGGCACGCUGCGGCCCGCCGACCUGCCCUUCAGCCCCGAGGCCCUGGUGGACCGCAAGGAGUUCUGGGCCGUGUGCCGCGUGCCCGGGCCCCUGCACAGCGGCGACAUCCUGGGCCUGGUGGUCAACGCCGAGGGCGAGCUGCACCUCAGCCACAACGGCGCCGCGGCCGGCAUGCACCUGUGCGUGGACGCCUCGCAGCCGCUCUGGAUGCUCUUCGGCCUGCACGGGGCCGUCACGCAGAUCCGCAUCCUUGGCUCCACCAUCCUGGCAGAGCGGGGCAUGCCGUCACUCCCCUGCUCCCCUGCCUCCACGCCAACCUCGCCCAGCACCCUGGGCAGCUGCCUCUCCGACCCCUUGCUCAGCACGUGCAGCUCCGGACCUCUGGGUAGCUCUGCUAGCGGGACGGCCCCCAACUCGCCAGUGAGCCUGCCAGAGUCGCCAGUGAGCCCAGGCACGGGCCAGUGGAGCGAUGAGUGCACCAUCUGCUAUGAGCAUGUGGUGGACACGGUCAUCUACACGUGUGGCCACAUGUGCCUCUGCUACGCCUGCGGUCUGCGCCUCAAGAAGGCCUUGCACGCCUGCUGCCCCAUCUGCCGCCGCCCCAUUAAGGACAUCAUCAAGACCUACCGCAGCUCCUAGCCCGCUGCGGCGCCCCACUCUGCACGCCCGCCUCCUCAGGCUGCAGCCCAGCUCCAGCUGAGGGGCAGGCCAACAGGGACCCUUCUCUUCGUCCUCAUUUUGGAAACUCUUCUCUUCUCAUUAAAGCUGGGAAACUGA